GGUAAAAUGGCGUCGGGUGCCAUUUCGGCCGAGUGUAAGAAGAUUUCAGAAUUAAGGGUAGUUGAUCUUAAAUCCGAGCUCAAACGGAGGAAUUUGGACACAGCUGGUGUAAAAAGUGUUCUCAUUGCAAGACUUAAACAGGCUAUUGAGGAUGAAGGUGGUGACCCAGAAAACUUUCAAACCCAGCUUCCAAGUGACACAAUAACUAGGAAAAGUGGAAAGGCAAAAGGGAAGAAAGUCGAAUCUGAUGUGGACACCGCAGCAGAAGAAGACACCCUUUCCAAGGAAAAUGAAGAGUAUGAAUCAGAAAAGGAUGUAACUGAUACAGAUGAUGGUACUCGUGAAAAAUCUAAGCCUCCACCCUGCGAGGACAGCCUUGCUUACUCUGAGCCUGAACCAGAGUCUGAAGCUGUGGCGGCUGAAGCUGAUUCAGAGCCAGAGCCGGAUCCAGAUCCAGAGGUCGAUGCAGAGGCGGAUGAGGAAGCAGACAUAGACGCAGAGAAUGAAGAAGCUGAGAUGGAUGCCGAGGCCAUGAGCUCCUCAAAAGAACAUGAAGACGAUCACCUAUCCGUCUCAAUCCCAAAUGAAGAUGCCAUCACCCUAGAUGUUGAUGGCGACGACCUCCUGGAAACAGGUAAACAUGUGAAACUUCCAGAUUCAGAGGCAGAGAAAGGCACUGAUGAGCCAGAGGCCUCUGCGGAGAUGGAUCCAGAUGAUGACAUGAAGGACGAAGAGCUGGAGGGCCAGAGCGAUGGUAAGAAAGAUGACUCCAGAGGUGAUCCCAUGAAGAAAGACGGCAGAGACGCCUUGAAGAAAGCCGAAACCGGAGAUAAAGAAAAGGAUUCUGGGAAGAAAGGCCCCUCUGCAACUGGGGCAUCAGGUCGCGCUAAGAGUUCUUCAAGCGACAGAGAUGGAAAAGCUGCAAAAGAUGAAAAGGCAGCUGUUGGAAGUAACAGCUCUUCUCGUAAUGUAUGGGUGAGCGGCCUGUCUUCAAACACCAAAGCAGCUGAUCUGAAGAACCUGUUUGGCAAAUAUGGGAAGGUUUUAAGCGCCAAGGUGGUUACAAAUGCUCGUAGUCCUGGUUCAAAAUGUUAUGGAUUAGUGACGAUGUCUUCGAGUACGGAGGUGGCGCGAUGCAUCUCUCAUCUUGACUGCACAGAGCUCCAUGGACAACAGAUAUAUGUUGAAAGGGCCAAAAAUGAUCCAUUCAAAAAGGAGCCAUCAAAGAAAGAAAUGGAAGAAAAAGCAGGUUCCAGCAAAUUAACUGACAAACGUACCUCCACUGGGACAAAACUGACAAACAAAACACAGCUAUCUCAUAAAAAAGAAGAAAAAAAAUCUGAUAAAAUGUUGGAAAAGGACAAAGAUUUAAGCAAGAACCUUGAGGCCAAAAGUGGAAAAUCAGAUUCCGUUUCAUCUGGCUCGGAACAAGAAUCCUCAAAAAGAGAUGACCGAAAGCAUGGACGGUCAAAGAGCCCAAACAAGAUGAUGGAUUUCCCUUAUCCCAAAAGGCAUUUCAAUUUUGGCAGGAAUAGACCUUUCAGAAGGGGAAGAUAUUUUGAGAAGCCCUUUUUCAAUCCCAAUUUUCAAAGAAGACCAAAGUGGUUGAUUCCUCCUGAAGAGUUGGAGAUGAUUAGAGAGAAACAGCGAACUUUUCCCAACAAAAUGGAAGAUGGAGAUAUCUUGCCUUUUGAAAAGAUGAAGGAGCAGAAGGAGCAGAGAAUGCGUGAACGCAUGGUUCGUCUGGAGCGUGUCCGUAGAGCUGUGGACUUGCGCAGGAAGCGUGAAAUGGCAGAACAUGAACGGCGGGAACGUGAGCGGAUCCGUUUGUUGCGGGAGCGUGAAGAACGGGAGAACCUACUCCGGGAGCGCCAGAGACUGGAGAUGGAGAGACAAAAACUGGAAAGGGAACGCUUGGAGCGAGAGAGGCUUGAGAGGGAGAGAAUUCGCAUAGAGCAGGAAAGGCGCAAGGAGGCAGAGCGCAUGGCACGUGAGCGCGAGGAGCUUCGGAGGCAGCAGGAGCAUCUCCGGUUUGAGCAAGAAAAGAGAAACACCCUCAAGAGAGGCCGGGAGGCGGAAAACGGUCGGAGGGAUGAUCCUUACUGGAAUGGGAACAAGAAGAUGCAGUCGGGGUCAGAUGUCCGUAUGAACCAGGGCUCAAACUUCAACAGGCAACAGAACCGCUUUUCAAACUUUAAUUCUCGUGAAAGGGGUCGUUUUCCAGAUGCCGCUGACCAACAUCCCAACACAUAUGACAGACGCAACAGGUUUGAGGGCGAGCCAGAGGCGAAGAAGAGUAGGCUUGCUCCUCACAGGGCGGCAGAGGGCUCAGGCUUUGAUCGCUUCCCCAAGAACUUUGACACAGUCCGCAGAGCUGAGGCGCCGCCUCCACGCGGUGAAGUGCGGGAUACAGACCGCAGAGACAGAGAUGACAGACGCCCUGCACCAAUUCAUGAUCGCCCUUUGGGGGCAAGAGGUACAAUGCCCACCAUGUCACACAGUCGCGCACAGAGAGAUGGAGGACACGGAUGGAAGAAUGAGGGAGCAAUAAACUCAAACAAGGGAGACAUAAGAGGACCCAUCCGCAUGCGCUCAGAGCGACCAGGCAGAGAUGGUCCAGGUCCGGUUCUGAGAGGAGGCACCUCAGCCCGAGGAAGGAGCAGCUUUAAUGAUCGAGAUGAACGGAGACCCAUGGUGAUGAAUGAUCAGCCAUUUACAUCCGGUCGCCAGGUUGUGGUGCAGCGACACAGCAGGGAUGAAGGACUGAGGAAGGACUGGCAUGGUGGUUCAAGCUCCCAGGGAGGUGGCUUCCCUGAUAAUCGCAGAAUGGGAGACACUCGGGGCAGCAUGAUGGCUACUAGUCACUCCUCAUCAGGAAUGAGUCGAAUUGUACAGAUCACAAACAACUCCCUUUCCAGCGGCUCUGUUGGUGGAUUCAAGACUUUCAAAGGAACACCUCGGCCGUUCUAACAGCAACCAGAUUUUGCCACUUAAAAGAAUCUGAGAAGACUUUUUGGAACUCUUUAUUUUUAUUUGUAGAAAAAUCAGUUUUCGGCGGCACAUUUGUGGCCAUGAAGUAACACUAUUUUACUAUGUAUAGACAUGGUGUUUACCCCAGUGUAGGGUUUUCCUGGCAGUUCUGCUGUUGUCAUCAAACAAACCUGUGCACAAUUUUACUAUUUAGGAAGGUAUUGUACAGUCCUAGGUCUUUGUAAGUUUGCAAGUGAUGACUUCUUAUCGAGUGUUGUCUGUACAUUUUCAACAGCGUAGUGUUACACUCAGUUUUCCUCUGUAAUGUCUUAUUUUAGUGAACUAUAAAGCUAUAUGGAUAACCAGCUCAUUUGAAUGUUUUGCUGAAGAACUUUUUUUUUUUUAAGUCAUGCUUGUGGGUGGCUGCCUGAUUUUAUUUAGAUUUGGCUGAGAAAGAUGUGUAAAUCUGUAAAAAGACCCUGCGUAGUUGCAAAUGGAUUCUUCUUAACCUCUCGCAAGGCACCAUCUUUAUGUCCGUGUGAAAUGAAAUCUUGACUUUAAACUGUUACUAUCGAACUUUCAGUGAAGUCAGAUGGCCGUUAAAGAAAAAAGUUCAAUAACUGCUUCUGGUUCUCAGUCAAUUAUUUUUACGAUUUACUUUUGGCAAGGCGCAUAUUGUUGAGGUAUUUUGUCUUGGAUUAUUGAACCUUCCCAUAGAAGCACAAAGUAAUUCUGUUGCAAGAUGCAGAAUGUUGAAUCUCCAUCUGGUCAGAAACCUUAAUGUUUCCUAACCUAAAAAGAAGAGUCGGUAUUUGGUCAGCCGUGACUUCAACCAAUACUUUUGUCAGGAGGUACUUUUAUAAUGUCCAUUUAGUCAUUUCAGUGUUAUUUAUUUUCUUCAUGCAGUUUUGAAACCUGUAAAGCUUCUUUUUCCUUUUGGACCAAUAAACAUCCAGGACUGUUGUGCAUGUACUAAGACUCGCUCCAUAUUCUCCUUUAUGUACAUAUCUGUGUGGGUUCAUGCUUCAUUAAACUGAGUGAAUUUCUCAUA